UAACGAUUUUUCUCUUGUCAAUAAUUGUUUUGUUAAUGGGCUUUCAGCCAGCCAUUACCGAAAGUUGCUGUGAAGAAAAUUGUGUGAAAAUCUGUGAAAUAACUAUUCCAUUGCUAUGAUAAACAGCUAAAAUUCAUCCUGGAGAAUUGGUGCAGCGAAUUGCAGUGUGAUUUUGUCAAAAAUUGGGGUAUUUCCAUUGGAAAAGACGAAGGAAAGUUACUGGGUGUCAUUCGAGGCACUUCCAUCAAAUGAGGAAGACACCCUAGGCUUGGGGCUAUAAAAACCAAAUUUUCAAGACUGUGGAGAAUGGGAAAAAGAAAGACUGAUCGAUCUUGCUACGCGGAAAGAUCCAAGAAAGUGGCUAAAUGUGAGAAAAGUGAGGAUGAAGAGAGUUGUGUUUCCGCCCUCAAUGAUGACCCUCUGGUUGGGACAAUUCUGGAGGACAUCAAUAAGAAGAAAUGGAGAAUUGGAAAACCAAUUGAUAAUGGGAGUUUUGGGCAGAUUUAUUUAGCAUCUGAGAACACUGGUAAGUCCGUAACGGCUGCAUCAGCUAAUUAUGUGGUAAAAAUAGAGCCACAUACCAAUGGACCGCUCUUUGUGGAGAUUCACUGUCUGAUGAAUGCUGGCCGAUGCACAGAGGAGGGUCAGGAGCUUCCACCGGGAAUGCCCAAGUAUAUUGCAUCGGGAUCUCAUGUUAUGGGCAAAACACGCUAUCGUUUUCUCAUUCUCGAGCGCUACAAAUACAAUUUAUAUUCAAUUGUCAAGGAGCACCAUAUAAUUGAUCAGAAGAGUAUUCUUGUGAUUGCCUGUCAGAUUCUCGAUAUUCUUCAGCAUUUACAUGACAAUGGGUAUGCACAUUCGGACAUUAAGGCGGAAAAUCUGAUGAUUGGGCAGGAGGUGAAGACUGUCCAUGGCAAUGGACGUACUCUGCGUGGAACAAAAGAAAAUCAUCCAAAUGGGAUAUUUGAUGAUGAUUUUGGGUGGUAUCCAUUGGUAAAUCAGAGAAAAAAUACCUACAAUCGACAUACACAACGUCUUAGGCCACUCAAGAGUAUUAAUUAUUGUGUGGAUGAUACGGAUUCUGAUAGUGCAUCAAAUUUCUCUGAUGAUAUGGAUGAUGAGAUUUUGGUGGAGGUGACUAAGAGUAAGCGAAAGUUUCGGCGUGAGAAGGAAGUCACAACAGUCACAGUGGACAGGAUUUAUCUGAUAGACUUUGGAUUGGCGUCAAAAUUUGUGGAUUCUUUGGGUGUUCACAGGCCAUUUUGCAUUGAUCAACGUCGUGCCCAUGAUGGUACACUGGAAUUUACAUCGCGAGAUGCACACAUGGGAGCCCAUUCACGGCGAAGUGAUCUCGAAUGCUUAGGGUACAAUCUUGUGUACUGGAGCGAGGGUUUUCUGCCGUGGAAGUUGGACAGUGAAGUGGUGAAUAAGGAGCAGAAUCUCGAGCGUGUACACCAUAUGAAGGAGCAUUUUAUGCUAAAUGUCCCAACGAUGCUGGAGCAUGUUUAUGGGAAGAAUGUACCCAAGUAUCUUGGUACCUAUCUUAGUUACGUUGGCAAUUUGACCUAUUGCGAAAAGCCGGAUUACAGUCACUGCCGCAACAUCUUCCUGGAAGAGUACAGAAGACUCGGUGGCACGGAACUCGUGCUCAAUCUCAGUGAGAUGCAGUCCUCCAAGGCCUAUGAAGGCAAUCGCAUGGCCAAAAUGAUUGAUGGAAAAAUCCGUGACUAUAAGCAGCGUCAGGAGGUGGGUCUCAAGGAAACUCCAUCGGUUCAUCUGAAGAAUCUCCGGUCGAAAAAGAUGGCAAAUGAGGAGAAAAAUCAUGAUAAAACUUAUACAUGGACAGAUAUUGUCAAUACAGAUCCGGAUAUUCUUGUGAAGGAUCGCACAGACAGGGAAUUUAGCAUUUGUGAGGAGAUGGCAACACCAACUAUUCAUAAGUACAGAGGACGUCCCACCUAUGCCAUCGUGGAGAUGGAGAGGAAGAUCCUUGAGAGAUCACUGUGCAAUGAUACUCUCAAUGGAUCUGUCAUCAGUGUUACACAGAAGAGCAACAACAAGCGUUUGUUGGAGAUUCCAAAAGCACCAGUAGCACCCAAGGAGUCAGUGGUUAGUGCUGUUAAGAUGCAGCGAAAGAAGGCGGGAUUGAGGACUGUUAUAAAGCCCACGCGCAAAAGUAUCUUCACGGCCAGCAAGAUGAAUGGGGACAAGCGUGUGAGUAAGAAGAAGCAGAAGAAGAAACUGAUGCGACUAAUUGAGCAGCAGCAGGAAGGCAAAAAGAAGCUGCCAGCCAAGAGGAGGCCAGCCACACGAAGUAUCCUGAAGAAAAUGGAAGAUCUCGUUUGUGUGAAUGGUUCGCCAGCCGAGAAGAGACCAACUUACCGAGGAUAGAGUCUGAAAUAAAAUACCAUUGCUGAGAGAGAAAGUGAAAGAGAGAGAAAGUGAACAACAAAAAUUAAAAUUUCACGAUAAAAAAAACAGAAAAAAAAAUUAUUAGUAAGAAUGUAGGAUUAUAUUUAUGUGCGAAAGACAUGAUUAGAAUCUUCACUUUAUCCCCCCGCAUUUCUUCAUUCCUUUGUGACUACAAUUUACAGUAGGUGUAUCAAUGACACAGAAAAAAUUAAUUAAAAAAAAAGUAAUGAAGAAAAAAAUAUCCUGAGAGAGAGCUAAAAGAAAAUACAGACGUAGUAAUUGAAUAUAUUAAAAAAAAGCUUUAUGUGACUAUUUUUUAUUAUUUCACCAAUUUUUUUUUUAAAUAAGUAAAAAGAUGAACUGCGCUCUCAUUUAGCAUUACAAGAAAAUGGUAAUAAUUCAUUUUGAAUUUUCUGUUUUAUUUUUUUUCUCAAGUUUAGCUUCUUCUGAAAAUAAACUGGAUUUUAAUGAAAAAUAAAGAAA